AUGUCCGCUACACGGAUACACCAAAUGAAAGCUCAGCUAGAUACGGCUCACGGAUCUCGUCAACGUCUCACGAAAGUUGCGAACAUCUUGGAUGACAAUGGCGAGGGAAUUAAACGAGUACUCAAGAAGCAGACAUACUUGUCGGCCACCACCACCUACGCCUACGCUUUGGAUCUGUCGGCGCAGCUAACGCUUUCUGGAGCUCAGUGCAUUAAGUCAAACAAAUAUUCAACUGUAUUUAUCAGAGGCUAUGCAGCAACAGGAAAUGGAGUGUUAGACAGCUAUGCUUGUUCGAACAUCAACAACGCCUAUAAUGCCGGUCUUGGGACUGAAGUUUACAUGACUCCGCUGAUAACGUCGUCAAAAAAUGGUACUCAGCAGUUUGAUGAGCUCUACAAUGGUCUUAAAAAAUGCAACAUUGUUAUCCGAAGUGUUUGGAUCCAGGUCACGUCACCCGUCAACUGGAGCUAUCCUGGAACAAAUAUCAACUUCAUCAAUAGCAUUAUCAGUAGAGCAAAGCAAUAUGGUCUCAAUGUUGGUAUUUACACCAAUCAAUAUGACUGGAGUCAAAUCACAAGCGGAGCUAGCGGUGCGGCAAAUGGACUUAUGCUAUGGUAUUGGAACGUCAACGGUAGCGGGGUGAGUGGGGAAACUGGAGCGAACUUCAACGAUUUCGUUUCUUUCGGAUACUGGAGCGCUCCUAGCGUCAAACAGUUCGCCCAAGUAGAAAGCGUUUGCGGAUACACUGUGAACAGAGACGUGUAUUCAACCUCGUCAACCAUGGCCGGUAUGGUGCGCAGGGAAUCGAAUGUGCCGAUUGUAGGAAGCAUCGGCAUCAAUUAA